GAAAGAACUUCUAUCGAAGCACCCCAGGCGCCAAUGAGCAACAAUGAGCCACCAGAGGCGACACGGAACAGAUAGGCAACCUCGGCGGCCGAAGACCGAAGGCCCAAAUGAUGGAUCGACGACUCGGAUGCUUCACUCAGCCUUAUCACCAGCCAGUCAACGUCAGCCUUAUCAGCGGCCAUUACUACAUCCGCUGGCUCUUUGUUGUUCGCCCACCGUUGGCAGGAACCUGGUAGAAAACAUGGUAAACUCAGGCUGGGUGUCCCGCGUAUACCACCACCAUACGAGGUAAAGAACUCGAACAAAGACACAGUGCUUGCCAUGGUGCAAGAGGCAGUACUAAAAUUGAUCAUGCUAACAAAGGGACUCAAAAUGCGUGUUCUUUGUCGGGAAAGCCUUUAUUCUGGUCUUCGCGAAAUACAAUAUCUCAUGACAGGCCAAGGGCCACAAGCCAUACCACCCUUCCAGACUUUCUUCUCGCAUCUACUCGAAAAUAUUGCUUUCCCUAUCGCUGAUGCAGCAUGUGUGAAUCACGCACCAUAUAUUACCUUUGCGGCCAUGUCAAGAUCAAGACUAUCGUUCAGUGCGCGGACAUGGUGGACAAAAUGUUAGCCUCCCAUUUGCCGAUUGCUAACGCCCAUCAAGUCUGUGAGAACAGUGUCAGCCACAACCUGCAUGUGUUUCCUGACAUUUGUGACAAGUGUAAGACAACCGGGGUGAUUGGGGACUUCAUGGAGCUUCCAGGCGCCAAGCUCGAAAUUGUGAAGGCGUGGGCUCAGGGCAAGCGGGAGACUCCCAAGCCCGACCCAGACGCCGAGUUAUCCGCUGGCAACGACGAGGGCGUCAGAGAAGAGGAGGAAUCCAUUGAGACCAGCAGAUUUCAGACCGAGAAAGCCAACAUGCUCGAUGAUAAUGCAAGCAUUUCAACAACAGGUAUCACAAGUAUAGCAGAUACGUCGACCGCGAGAAGUCGAGCUUCAAGUUCAACUACGAAUGAAGCGGUACCAGAUCUGGCCCAACUCAAACUGAGGGUUGCAGCCUUGAGGACGAGAACAGAACGCUUACUCUCCAAGGUGCGAGGUCGGAGACCUCCAACACUGGGCUAGUUGUGUGAUUAGCUAUUUCCUGUUCUUGAGGAUCUGGGAGUUGAUGGUGCAUUGUGAACAACAUCAAAUGCUGUCCUCCUAUUCCAUCCGGGGAGAGGUCAGCCUUCAGUGGAGCUCCCAUUGGAAAGGAAGUUCGUGCAAUGAUGGCGCGUCGAACAUGCUGCAUCAGACGGUGCAAUAGUGACUAGACUGACGUGUCGCGGUAAUUGGUGGGUAUGGAACAAUCGUCGGUCGCAAGUCGGGUCGCUCUUACUCGACGGGCACAACGGAAGUCGAUUUCUCCAUGAAAAAACCUAAGGACUGGAGGAGGUGAUUUUGGGCAUCACAGUCACAAUCACUCGUAUCUCACAAUAUUCAUUGGAAACCUGCAGUGCAGGGCUCUCUCACUCUGUUCCCUUAAAGGGUUUGGAAUCCUG